GUUGGAUUUGAAAGCUCUUCUUCUUCUUCCUCAUCUCUCACUUUCUCUCACAUCUUUCUCCUGUGUAACUUAUAAAAGUGAUAACCGCUCCAUCUCCACUCCAUUUGCUGCAUUAACUGCGGGCGCCACCUUCAGGUUCUUCAGCAAAAAAAGAUUAUCCAAACUUGAGGAGUUGACUUAAUCAUUAUUAGAUCAGUCAUCGCGGUUUCCGUGUUCCUCGAGAAUGGAGGUGCGGGUGAAGAAGUACCGCCAAUUGAGUCCGGAUAGAGCAAAAGUUUGGAAAGAGCCUUCACCGAAGUGUCCGCAGAUUCGUAAGGUUCCGGUCGUUUACUAUCUCUGCAGGAAUCGGCAACUUGAACAUCCGCAUAUCAUUGAUGUUCCUCUUUCUUCAACUGAAGGUCUUUAUUUGCGCGAUGUUAUAGACAGGAUUAAUGUUUUGAGAGGCCAGGGCAUGGCUUCGAUGUACUCAUGGUCAAGCAAAAGAAGCUAUAAGAACGGAUUUGUGUGGCAUGACCUCUGUGAAGAUGAUUUAAUUCUUCCCUCAAAUGGCAAUGAAUACGUUCUAAAGGCCUCUGAGCUCUUUCAAGAACCAACUUCAGCUCAUCUAGCCCCAACUGUAAAUGCAAAACUACAAAACCCAAAACAAAUAAUGGAACCAGCAUCUACCAGGAGCAACGAAGAUUCAUCCUCAUCAUCAAGCCUGAAUGGGAUAGAUAGAAAGCAUUCUCAUGACGAUGAGUUUUCUCCUCCUGUCCGACGCUCAACUUCACCUUGUGAAUCCCCAGAGUCCACUAGGGCUGGGAAGAGUUCACCUUGGAAUGGCCCCCUUAGCUUAGCCGAGUACAAAGUCUUCAAUAGUGAAGGGCUAGCCGAUGCUUCUACUCAAACGGAGGAAACUAUGGGAAAACCCCGUGCAGCAGCUCAAGAGACUUGUACGAGGGGUGUUUCAACAGACGAUGGAUCAUUGGAACCAGAAAUCAACAACUCUAGUCAAAAUCAGGUUGAGCCGCCUAAGGAUUCAAUCUCGUCUACACCACCUCCUUCCUCGUCAAGUGGAUCUUCAUCAAAUGGGAAGAUAGAUACUUUAGAAUCUCUAAUACAAGCCGAUGUUCGUACAAUGAACAGUUUUAGGAUUAUGGAGGAAGAAGAUAUAAGAGAUCCAUCUUAUAGGAAAGUGAAGGCUUCCAAUAUGCUGAUGCAAUUGAUAUCAUGUGGGUCUCUUUCAGUUAAAGAUCAUAGGUUUGGAAUUGUUCCUACUUAUAGGCCCCGGUUUUCACACACGAAUUUCGGGUCGCCACUGUUUUCUACGUCUCUAAUGUUGGGGGAGCUUGAUUGUCUGUCGGAGAAUACAAGGUUGAUGGGUUUAAGGUUAGAAGAUAAGGGAUACUUUAGUGGAAGUCUGGCAGAAUCUAGUAUGAUGAAGGGAGGAAAUGGAUUAAACGUUAUGAAACGAUCUUCCUCCUAUAAUGCUGAUAGGACUUGCAAUCAACCAAGAAGUGAAUCAAUGAGAUCGGCUGUUUCAUCUAAUGGAAACAGCAGAAGAUUCACAGAGGAGGCUUCACAUGGAAGUAAGCAAACGAAAGAAGUAGAUUCUUCGUCAAUGGACAAAGUGAUGAAAAUCGAAGAAAGGCUUGCUUCGGGAGCUAGGGUUAUAAUCCAAUCGACGGCAGUCCCAGUGGAGAGAUGUGAAUUGUAGGAGACACAAAAGGAGACCAAAGUCUAGGUCCAGCCAAAAAAGGGUGAAGACUCACAUGAGUCGGUCAGUAUGAGAAAGUUAUUUAAUUAUUUUGUUUCAAGUUUAUAUUUAUUUAUUUAUAACAUUAUACUAUUUAUUUAUUUAAUACUUUUCUCAUAAUGAUAUUUGUUCAUUUUCAAAUAAGAAGGUAUCUUCUUUAGUUUGACA